AUGUCUGAUCCUCAAAUAUACACAGUCGGUUGGAUCUGCGCCAUUACCGCCGAGUUUGUUGCCGCCCAAGCGUUCCUUGACGAGGAACACGCCGGCCCGCGACAAACCGCACGACACGAUAACAAUAGCUAUGUUUUAGGCAAGGCUAGCGGUCAUAACGUCGUUAUUGCUACCUUACCUAACGGCCAAUAUGGCACCACCUCGGCAGCAACGGUCGCUAGAGAUAUGCUCCAUAGCUUUCCGAAUGUGCGUAUUGGGCUGAUGGUAGGUAUCGGUGGCGGCGCACCCAGCCAGAAACAUGAUAUUCGGCUCGGUGAUGUGGUCGUCAGUACCCCAAAUAGUGGACGAGGAGGCGUGUUCCAGUACGACUUUGGCAAAACCAUGCAGAAUUGCAAGUUCCAAGACAUAGGGUUCUUGAACCAGCCGCCCUUGCUGCUGCUUUCAGCCCUUACUACACUUAAGGGCAAAUAUGAAAUGAAAGGCCACCGGCUUAUCGACCAAGUGGACAAGAAUAUCGGGAAGAUCAAGAAGAAGAGCGCAUACAGACAACCUGCUCAAGCAAGCGAUAGGCUGUAUAAGUCUAACAUUGUACAUCCUUCAAGCUGCUGCGAUGACGUAUGCGGCGAUGAUACCGCCAGUCUCAUAGCCCGCCCUGAACGAGGCGAAGAAGAUGACAAUCCUGCUAUUCACUACGGCUUGAUUGCUAGCGGUAACCAGCUAAUGAAGGACGCGUAUAUCCGGGACAUAUUGAUAAAAGAGAAGGACGUUCUAUGCUUCGAGAUGGAGGCUGCUGGUCUGAUGAACCACUUUCCGUGCCUUGUCAUCCGGGGGAUAUGCGAUUACUCCGACUCGCAUAAGAACAAGGAGUGGCAGGGCUUUGCGGCCAUGAUGGCGGCAGCUUAUGCCAAGGAUCUUUUAUACCAGAUUGCGCCAGACACUGUCGAGGCUGAGAAGCCCAUCCCCAAUUCCAAGCAGGCACAAUUUGUUGUGCCAUUCCGCCGCGACUCCGAUUUUGUAAACCGGCCUGACAUCUGGUCAUGGAUUGAAACGCGAUACGCCGGAUCUGAAAUAUGCUUUGCUCUCGUGGGCCUCGGUGGAUUCGGCAAGUCCCAGGUUGCCAUACAAUUCGCUCACCAAGUCCACGAUACGUCCCCCCACACAAGCAUCUUCUGGGUCAAUGCCAGCACGAGAGCGACCUUUCAAGACUCUUACCGUUCUGUAGCAGAAGCUCUGGAGCUCCCUGAUCGCCACGACCCUGGUGUCAACGUCCCAGCGCUGCUCCGCGACUGGCUGCAGAGAGAGGACGUGGGCCGGUGGCUGAUGAUUGUCGACAAUGCCGACGAUGUUGAGAUGCUCACCAAGACGAAUGAUCAAAACGAUGAGUCGAUGCCAAUAGCGUCGUAUCUUCCAAAGACAGGCAAUGGCAAGAUCCUGGUGACGUCGCGCAGCUGGGACGCUGCAGAGAAGCUUACGGAUAAUGGCAAGAUGAUCCUGAGAGUUUUGAAAAUGGAGACGUUGCAUGCACUGCAGCUACUCCAAAAGAAACUUGGCCACGAUAUUGACGAAAUCGCCGCAUUGCGCCUGGCUGAUUUCCUCGACCACAUUCCCCUCGCCUUGAAUCAAGCAGCGGCGUACAUACACAGACGAAGCCGGUCGACCAUACAAUCAUACCUGGACGAACUCCAAAGGAGUGACAAGCGGAAAGACGCUUUGCUGCGUAGCGACAGAGGGGAUGCCCGACGGUACCCUGGUGUGUCUAAUUCUGUCAUUCUGACGUGGCAGUUGACGUUCGAGCAGAUUAAGAAAGAGCAGCCCCGGGCGGCCGAUCUCCUGUCGUUGAUGAGCUGCUUCCAGGCACAGAACAUUCCAGAGUACAUGUUGCACCACUAUGCCAGCGACGUCUCGAGUAUUGAAGAGAGCGGCGACAACGACGAUGGAGAUUUGGAGGACGACUUGGAGGUGCUACAGGGUUACUCUCUCGUCGCGAUAACAGCUACAGCGGGGUUCUGUGAGAUGCACCCGCUAGUACAAUUUUGUAUACAGGCCUGGAUUCGGCAAUUUGGUCGCCCAGAGCUGUGGAAGAGACGCUUCCUCAAAUCGGCAUCACAACACUUUUCAUCGGGCGUCUUGGAAACAUGGGAGCAGUGUCAAAUGUUAGUUCCCCAUUUACAACCACUGCUCAAUCAAAAACCUUCAGAAGAAGACGACCGGUUGGAAUGGAGCCGAUUAGCGACGAAUGUUGCCUACUACUUGUAUAUGCUUGGCGACUACUCUCGAGCGGAGGUGAUAGCACAAGACGCCACCAGCAUUCGCAUGGAAGGCCCAGGUCGGCAACAUCCCUCCACGCUGGCGAGCAUGACCCUCCUGGCGUUAACGUAUCAUGGACAGGGGCGGUGGAAGGAGGCUGAGGAGCUACAGGUGCAAGUGAUGGAGACGAGUCAAACCGUGCUUGGUGUGGCUCAUCCUGGCACGUAUGGUAGUAUGGGCAACCUAGCAGCAAUAUACGGUUGUCAAGAGCGGUGGGCAGAGGCACAGGAGCUAUAG